AUGCCGGAGAAGCUUUCCACCUCCGAAGCACUAUUCAACCUCUACCAUUGCCGCACACUGAGCCCCCGCCCGCCCUUUCUUUCCCACGUGGCCAUCAAAAAGCAGGAAAGUGUGGCAGACGGCAAGCCAAGUAGCGGGGGCAAGAAACUACGGAAGCGUGCCGGCGGCGGGGCCGCCGCACGUGCGGCCGCCCGCAGAACCGGUGGCUACUACAGGCUAGGAAGCCUACUUCUGCCUUCGUACGCCGCUUCUCCGGCGAGCUCGAGCGGCAGCGGCUUCUCCCCACUGUCGACGGUCGCGUCCCGCGCGACAACAUCAUGCGACGUGAGGGCCCCGGGACGCGUGCGGCAAGCGGGGUGCUACCCGUCGCCGAACACGCGGCACUACUCCUCCUCGACUGUGGAGUCGCCCGGCGGUGGAAGGAGGGUUCUGUCUUCUGCCGUGGCUGCGGGCCCCACGAAGUCGAGGGGGAGGAGAAUGUUCCGGGUCCAGGAGGAGAUGAACCGCGCCGAGAGAAAGGCUACCGCCGCCGCCGCCGCCGCCGCCGCCGCCGCCGCCGCUGUCGCCGCAUCCGCCUCCCCGUCGGGAUCCCCGGCGUCGUCGGCCGUAACGGCCGCGGCUAAAUGCUCGCCCGAGCAGCAGCGCAGGCUGGAGCGACCGCAGCAGCAGCGACGGCAACAAGAAGGUGUGCGACCUAGGUCUUGCACGGGGGGCGGGUCCCCGGUGGCGGCGGUGGGGGCGGUGGAAGCGACUGCACCGCCACCGGACCGCAGGCUUACCCCUCCCGUCUCAUCGAGGGAAGCAGCGGUUGUUUCCGCAUCGACAACAAGCCAGACGCAUCUCGCCCCGCCUUCGUACCAGCAGCAGCAGCAGGAGCGACAGCAACAGCAACUGCGCGGGGGGCGUGGAGAAAAUGAGCCGCCUUCCCGUCCGGCGGCAAUGACAACGGCGGCCGCUACAGUCGUCGUCGAGAUCGGCGAACAGCUGCCGCGCCAGCGGCCUGAUCCGACCGCAGAGCGGCCACCGUCGCAGCCCACCGAACGGGACGCGACCGGUUCUACCGACAACACGGGAACUUCGCGCACGUCACCCCACGCCGACGACGACGCGGGCGGCGGCGGCGACUGGGCGGGGACCGGCCAUGAAGCCAACGGGCGCCCGGAGCUCUGUUACCGCGAGUACGCCGCGGGGGUGUCGAUAACAAGACCCCCGGCGAGGACGGCCCCGGCGAAAGAGGAAGAGGAGGCUGCUGGUGUUGUUGGCCCCACUCCUGCGCUUGAGGUGUCAUCGAACGAGGUCUAUCCCUUGGCGCCGAGCGGGGCCACCCCCGCUGCCGGGGGUAACGGCAGCAAGGAAGAUGAACCACGUGCAGCCGCGGCAAUCCAGAAAGCGUCCGAUGCGACCACGACGGCGGCGGCGGUGUCGCCGGCGCGUGUGGAGGCCGGCGGCACGGCGGACAAUACUUGCGACAACGCGAAGGACGGAUCCGACGAUCUCGCCGCUGGUUCUCCACUAAAGGGGGCGGUGGCGGUGCCGAGCGGCAGUGAGUCGAUCGAGCCGUCCGGCUCGCAGGAGCAUUCCCGGCGCGUGGCUCCCGAGUCGAAGUCGACGUGGACGAGCCCGAAGUGCCUUGCCGAGAUAGGUGACGUAGCUCUCGGAACCACGCCGUGCAGAUCGCAGCACGUGCCGCCCGUCGUCACUCCGCCUCCGGACGACCAGCUCGGGAGGACCUCCGCCUCUCAAGAUGCCGCUUCCGGCGGCAGCGACAGAGAUGACGCCAUCGGCGAUAUUGAUCGGGCUAGCGCCGGCCGCGCCAGCGGCGGUGUUGACGCCGCUGAUGGCGGCCGCGUGGGGGACGGCGGUAGCAACAAGCGUGGCGGCGGCGCCAACACAGUCGGCACCCGCGGCCGCCACAAGAGGGCUAGAAUAGGCAAGCAGCAAGGCAACCACGCUGGCAGCGGCGAAUGCGGCGAGAGCACGGGCGGUGUCGCGGCGCCCUCCGGGGCGGUGUGCUCAUCGCCGCCAGCCAAUCCCCGACGAAACCCUGUUUUGGUCGACGCCUCCCCACCCUCUACCGCACCAACGGCAUCGCCGUCGCCUUGCGGUGGCACGACCGCGGAGCCUUGCUUGGGGCACGAUAAGGACGGCGGCGGCGGUGGUCCGCCCCACGGCGAUGCCUCGUCAUUCUCGCCAUCUUCGCCACCGCUGCUGUCAACGCUGCCGCUGCAGCGGCAGGAGCAAAAACUGGAGAUCGAAUUUCCGGCAUCCCGGCUCCUGCCCGCGGCAGCCGCUGCGGCUGCCGUUUCGAAGGUGUCCCCCGCAGAUAAGGCAGACGCCGCUCCUCCCGGUGCUGAGCCGACGAAGAUCAUCUCAGAAGAAGAGGAAGGCAAGGGCGAGCCUAUCUGUGCGUCGAGUGGUGAAGUCGAGGAAAACCAUGGCGCGGCUGCCUUACCUUCACCAGUGCGAGCUGCAGAAGUGGUAGCAGUUGCUCAACGGUCGGCCAACGGAAAAGGCGGCAAGGCGAGAACGGUGGCUAGCGGGCGCGGCCGGUUACCCGCCCGGUUUGUUGGUAGCCCCCGUGCGUCGGCAGCGGCGGUAGCAGCGGGCGGUGGCGACCACACCAAGGGGCGGCACAAGAGGCUGAAACGGCCGUCUCGAAAAAUGCUAGAGAUUCGCGAGGGCAACGGGGAGGAGGGGCAAGGUGUUGUUAAGCAACGUCCCCUCGCGUCAGCUUCUUGUGCUCCUGCUGCUGUUGGGGUUACUACCGGGAAGGCUAAUGCUGCUGCUGUCGCAAACGCUGUUAGCGUUCCUUCCCGUCCGGCGGGGACUCGAGAGUCUGGCAGGGGCGGCGAAAACCCCACCGCCGCCGCCGCAGUAGCAGCAGCAGCAGCAGCCGAGGUUGUUAGCGCCGUGGAGGUCGGGCCCAAGAAGAAGAGGAACAAGCGCAGCAAGAACGCGCGAGGGCUUCCGACAACGCCGUCGUCGAUGAAGGCCGGCGGCACGGUCCACUCGAGUCCGCCAGCUGAUAAUACCGGACGGCCGCAGGCUAAGGUGGGCGCCCGCCGCCGGAAGAAAGACGGCGGCGAUGGUGGCGCCAGCAGGAGCGGAGGCAAAUCUCAAGGUUCCACCACCACCGCCACACAUCGCAUGCGUGAGGGUCACGCCCACCUCCUCCGCAAGGCUGCCGUCGCUCCUCGUUCCGCCCCGGAGCCUUCGGCGACACCUCUGUCGAAACCCGGGAGGCGGAUGGUACCGUCGCCGGCCAGGACGAGGUCGUCGUCGGUGGCAGCACCACCCGCGGCACCCGGUAAGGUCGCAACAGCUCGCGUGAAGACAGCGGAGGUGCGCUCCGACCGAGGAGAAUCAUCCGAUACGGCCGGAGUGGCGAACGGCGACGUUCCAGCACCCACCCUUGUGGCCGCCAGCAGCUGGAACGGCUGGAUGGCGCCGCGGUCCCCUCGUCAGCCUCUCUUCUUGCCGUCGCAGCAGCCGGCUGUUUCUGCAGGCAGAGGGGGGUCCAGGGACGCCGAGCAUGAGGCAGUGGUGACGGCGCCGGCUUCUGGCGGUGUGUGCGGCUGGAUGGGGCUGUUGUCGAGUGGGUGGAAGGGUCUUCUGUCGAAGGCGGCUGGGAGAUCAGGAAGUUAAGACAGGCGGGGGAUGCGAUAGUGUGAGCUUUACACAAUCACACAACCCGGGUAUCUACCGCGCGUGUUUCUCAUCCAUUGUCAUUCAGCUCGGUCACUGCUGUGUACCGGUGCCUGAUAGAAAAUCCUCUCAUCGACGAAUGUCGGGGGUUUGCCGAUAGCAGGAUGGCACUAUGUAGAUGUAUCCCGGUGAGGGGGGGCGCGAAGCGUAUGGCGAGAGUGGUGGGGUAGGGGUGUUUGUGGAGGCUAGCUUUGUGUUAGAAGAUGUUAUGCUUAUUUUGUCGGCGUCGGUCGAGCGCGUGUCCUCCGCUGCCACCCGGACGGGGCGCACUCGAAACGCGGAGCACUAUUCCAAGGGCGAUUUGCCCCCCGCGGCGUCGAGAAGUAAAUACGCCAAUUGCAUGGUGGCCGUCGGAAUGAAUUAGCGGGGCACAGUCGUGAUCCUCCUGCUGUGCCUUUGGCGGCCGAUGUUAUUGUGCGCCUAUUUUAUCUUGCAGGAAGAUUUACUCUUUCAACACAAGUCGAAGGUUGUUUUGUGGGUGUAUGUCUAGUUUGUGACUGAAACCGCUUACGUAGUUAUAGCUUGGUAUUGGCUGACUGUACGUUCACUUGCGGGGACAGGCUGUUUUCCCACUCGUGCACGGCACGGCGAAAGCUCUGCCUGGGCGUGGUGGUAUCUGCGUUGACCUCGCAACGCAAUUUCCCACUCGCACAUGCUGCAAAGGAGGUCCGACUAUUGUCUCGGGGGAGUGAGAUUGGUGGGGUGUAAGUUUGGGUCUCAUGCGACGAGCUAGGAUAUAUCUGGGAAUAGUAACAAGUACAUGUACUUCGUACCAUAGAGUGAGGUGGUUGGUUUUACGUUCAGGGACUCGGGGGUGAUGGGAAAGCAAACAGCUAUUGGCAGGCAUAACUGGAACCCCAAGCUUCAACACCCAUGUCGAGAAGGAGGGCCUUUGAAACGCGGUACCAACCCGAAGAAUGCUUCCACCCUCUGCCAUCAGGCCGGCGGCAGGCUGCAAGUGGACUACCGCUUU